CCCUCUUCUGUUUAUUUAUUCAAGACGUCGCUACGUUAUUGCUUGCUCAGAAAGUCUCACUGCAUAGAAAAUCUGGGUAACGAAAGAAAGGGAAGAAAACAAGAUGGAAGCACCGAAGACCAUAGCACACGAAAUCGGAGGUAUCCAAAACGAUGCUCUUCGUUUCGGUCUCCAUGGAGUUAAAAGCGACAUUGUUGGAUCUCACCCUCUCGAAUCUGCUUACCAAACUGCAAGAGCAACACAAGAAGAGAUGAAAAGGAAACUUCUUGCAAAUACCUAUGGAACGGCUUUUCCCCUGAAGAUGGAUCUGGAUAGACAAAUUCUUUCCCGUUUUCAGAGGCCUCCAGGAGCAAUUCCCUCAUCAAUGGUUGGCUUGGAGGCUCUGACCGGGAGCUUGGAUAACUUUGGUUUUGAGGAUUACCUAAAUGACCCUCAUGAAUCUGAGACUUUCCGGCCACUUGACAUGCAUCAUGGGAUGGAAGUUCGAAUUGGCCUGUCGAAGGGGCCAGUCAGUCCAAGCUUCAUAUGAUUCAAGCCUUUCUUCAGCAAAUCAAAAAGGGAAGUGUUGCCUUGGGACAAGUUUGUUGUGGAUAUUCUCUUUUGAAACUCGAGGACAUUCGGUGUUAUUGAAAUCAUAGUUUAACAUGUGAGACGGAAGUUCAUUUUUAUUAUGUUUCCCAUGUUAUUUACAAACUACAAGCUAUUGGCGAGCAUCUGAAUUAUGCAUGAAAAAAACUGCGGUCCGAGCGAUCAAAUGUUAUGAUAUGAAUUCAGUAUUACGUUUCCCA